AUUUUUGAUACGUCUAGCCCGAGAGUCAGUCAAAAAAUGCCUUUUAAAACACUAAAUUUAACAAACACACUUAAAGUAAUAAGAGGUGUCUAGAUUGUCACUUUCUAAAUUAAGGUAUCAAACGAACAGUUUGAGUCUGUGUAUUCUGUCUCUCUUAAAUAUCAAGUAGCUUAAAAAAGAAUCAUAUCUUUUCAUAUUUAGUAAUACUUUAAUUUUAAAUUUUUCAUUUUAUCAUGUAGCCACAUAUCUAUAACUUUUUUAGAUUAUAAAUUUUAAAAAAAUUUAUUUAAAUUUUUAAAUUUUGUGUUUAGUCACUCGUAUAAAUUGAAACGGAGAGAGUAAUUCAUUUUUCAAACUACAGUGAUCGUAUAUUCUGUGUAAGCUUUGCAGAAGCUCAGCUCACUGUGUCAGUCUAACCGUCAGUUAACAUAUAGCAAGAAAAAGAACUCAAAAAUUGACACCAUCUUGAAAAUUCGUUUUUUUUUUUAACAGUUGGCGCCUUUUGUCUUGAAGGGAUAGUAAAUGCUAAGGAAUGAUUAUAAGACCAUCAUUUACGCGAACCUGGAAGCAUCACCGUUGGAAAGGGAGUUUGAGAUUUUGCUCAAACAUGUGCUACAAUAGUAAUAAUGCUUAUCCAGCAACGUCCAACGUUGUCUCCACUAACAUUUCCAUUACGAAACUAGCCAAAAAAGGUUCACUUCAACAAGCUCGAAACCUGUUUGACAAAAUGCCCGUGAGAACUGUUGUCUCAUGGAAUACCAUGAUUUCUGGUUACUCUCAAUGGGAAAAGUUCACUGAAGCUUUAACCUUAGUUGCAUUGAUGCAUAGCAGUUAUGUAAAGCUGAAUGAGUCUACUUUUUCCUCAGUAUUAAGUGUUUGUGCUCGAUCACAGUCGAUAAAUCGUGGUAAGCAAGUUCAUGGGCUAGUUUUGAAAUCUGGAUAUCAAAGUUUUGAGCUUGUGGGUAGUGCAUUAUUGUACUUUUACUCCACGUGUCAUGAAAUCGAAGAUGCGAGGGUGGUAUUUGAUGUAUUGCAUUAUGAGAAUGAGUUGUUAUGGAGCUUGAUGCUUGUGGGGUAUGUUAAAUGUAACUUGUUAACUGAUGCUUUGGAGUUUUUUAGGCAAAUGCCGACUCGUGAUAUUGUUGCUUGGACUACUUUGAUUUCUGGAUGCUCAAAGGUUGAAGGUGGAUGCCAGAAAGCUUUAGAGUUGUUUCGGUCGAUGAGAGAGGAUAAUAAAGUUGUCCCGAAUGAAUUUACGUUGGAUUGUGUUUUGAGGGUUUGUGGUAGAUUGGGAUCUUUAUAUGAGGGAAGGGCACUUCAUGGGUUGGUAGUGAAGUUUGGGUUUGAGUGGGAUCAUUCAGUUUCUGGUGCAUUGAUUGAUUUUUAUUGUAAUUGUGAGGUUCUUGAUGAUGCUAUGUUAGUUUAUAGUGCACUAGUUAAUCCUUCCUUAAAUGAUUCAAACUUGUUGAUUGGGGGGCUAAUUUCGGCGGGCAGGAUUGAGGAAUCUCGAUAUUUGUUUGAUGGAUUGAUCAAGCGGGAUCAUGUUUACAAUUUGAUGAUCAAAGGAUAUGCCAUGUCUGGUCAAGUAGAGGAAUCAAAACGGUUGUUUCUGGAGUUGCCAGAUAGAAAUUUAACUCCCAUCAAUACUAUGAUUUCUGUAUACUCAAGGAAUGGUGACAUUGAUAAAGCUGUAGAGCUUUUUGAAGAAGUGAAAGCACAAGAAAAUUCUGUUACCUGGAAUUCUAUGAUUUCAGGAUAUACCCAAAAUCAUCAACACGAGAGUGCGUUAAAGUUGUAUACAACCAUGAGAAGAUUAUCGAUUAGCCAAACUAGGUCAACAUUUUCUGCCCUGUUUCACGCGUGCUCCUGCCUUGGAUCACUUCAGCAAGGCCAAUUGAUUCACACAGAUUUAAUUAAGACUCCAUUCGAAUCCAAUAACUAUGUUGGAACAGCUCUUGUUGACAUGUACUCCAAAUGUGGGAGCCUUAAUGAUGCCCAAGCAUCCUUUCACAGCAUUGCAUUUCCUAAUGUAGCAGCAUGGACGGCUCUGAUUAAUGGGUAUGCACAUCAUGGGCUUGGCUCUGAGGCACUUGUACUUUUUCACCAAAUGUUAGAUGAAGGGAUCGAUCCUAAUGCAGCAACCUUUGUCGGUGUCUUACUGGCUUGUACUUGUGUGGGUUUGGUGGGGGAGGGCACAAGACUUUUCCACGUAAUGCAAGAACGAUAUGGUAUAGCACCUACUCUGGAACAUUACACGUGUUUGGUGGAUCUUCUUGGUAGAUCAGGCCAUCUACAUGAAGCUGAGAAGCUUGUUAACAGAAUGACUAUUGAACCAGACAGCGUUAUCUUUGUUGCGCUGCUUAAUGCUUGUUGGUUCUGGAUGGACGUGGAAGUUGGUGAGAGGGUGGCUGAGAAACUGUUCUCAUUGGAUCCCAAGUCUACAUCCGGCUGUGUUAUCAUAUCCAAUAUGUAUGCAGGAUUUGGCAGGUGGUGGGAGAAAAUGAGAGUGCGGAAAGCAUUGAAGAAACUGCAGUAUAAGAAGGAUCCGGGAUAUAGUUGGAUAGAACUAAACAACAAGGUUCAAUUUUUCUCUGUUGAUAAUAGAACUCAUCCUUUAUGUGAUAUAAUUUACUCAACUUUGGAAAACCUAACAGCGAAUGUGGAUUCCGAAAUUAAUUUUGAUUGUACUUCUUCAAAAUUAUAUGUGGAAAAUGAGUUACUCUCUUAGUUAAUCCUCCUGAUGGUAUUGCAUAGCAAUUAGCAUCCAUGGUGUGUGAUUGAUUUUAUUAGUUUUGUGUCACAAAAAAAUGCAACCAGCAUCAUGUAA